AUGGUCUCUAUAAGGAGUUCACACUCAUUGGCCAAUUCUCGGAAGUCAAGCUCAAACCUUAUCCUCACGCCACUCCGACAGGGCAGUGCAAAUUCGCCAGGUCAGAAAGAUAACAGCAGCGAGCAAAACAACAACAACAGCAACAAUCUGUUAGUACCUAAGCAGGGCCAUUCUCGGGGAUGGUCUAUAUGGAGCAACGGUAGCACUGGGAAAAUAAAGGAGGCGACUGGUGAAAUAGCUGCGGAUGCUACUUCUCAACAAAAAAUGAACCAUGUUGCUGAGCCUCAUGGUGGUACGGAAGAUUUAAACGACGAUAACACGGAUACGAUGCAGCGCAGUGUCAGCACAUCAAGCGAGAAUAUCAUGACCUCGGAAUCUAAUGAAACAGCCGUGAGGGAUAAAGCCGAAGCAACCAGACUAAGAACUUGGACUCUAUGGGGGAAGAGAACUGACACAGUUCCCAAUCUCAAUGAAUCAAGUAAAAAUGGACAGGAUAACAAGGCUACUGAAGUGGAGGUGACUGCCCCCACCAAUUCGUUGAGCAAAGAAGUCAAGGAUAUGUCGAUUGUAAAUAAGCUAAUCCCACACAACCCUGACGCAGUGUUAAUUAAGGAUUCUUCCACUACUACCAAAGAUGUCGAAAACGAUGGCACGGAUAACAAUAUAAAUGAAGUCGUGAAUGACCCUAACGUCUCAGAGGAACCUGAACAAUCGGUAAACAUAGUGGUCCCGGAGUUCGAGAUUUUGCCCAAAAAAUCUGUAUGGUCUUCGAUGUCAAGCCUUAUCCACGGAACAAACACAAAUCCACAAAAGUACUUAUACAGAGUAUCUCCGUAUUCAAAGCUACAGGAACUAUCUGAUGCUGGGAAAAGACCGAUCAAAGUUUUGCUUGUUGGAGUACACGGGUUUUUCCCUAAAAAGAUGUUCAGAACGUUUAUUGGUGAACCUACAGGUACGUCUACAAAGUUUGUUAACGAAGCGGAGAGAGUCGUUCUGGAUUAUUUCAAAGAGAAGAGCACUCAGAUUGAAGUAAGCAAAAUCGCAUUAGAGAAAGAGGGUGAGAUCUUUGAGAGGGUUGAUUACUUUUACGAGAUUAUGAAAAAAUGGGUUAAAGCGAUCAAUAAUGCAGAUUUGAUCUACUUCGUGUCCCAUUCUCAGGGAUGCCCAGUGACAAUAAUACUUUUGGCCAAAUUAAUAGAGACUGGAAUCAUCAAUAUGGAGAACACCAAAAUAUACAACACUGUGGAUUAUGGUGUCAGCUUCACACCGAAAAAGAAAAUCAUCGCAUUACUUGGUAUGGCAGGAUGCAACAAUGGCCCCUUCUACGGUAGGGAUCAAAGUUUACUAGUAAGAGCAUACACAACAAUAGCGCAAGACUCUAUGAUGGAGUUGUUUGAGUUCCAGAAAUUUGACUCGCUGCAGUCGAAAAAGCUGAUACAGGGCUUGCGGUUCAUCAUUUCCCACAAUGUCAAGGUCACAUUUGUUGCCUCGAUAAAUGAUCAGCUGAUACCUGUCUACUCGUCGUUCUGUUCAUUUGCAGACCAUCCAAAUAUUUUCAGGGCGACUUUUAUUGACAGGGACUCCAAUACACCCGCUUUUAUCACAAGACUUGCCAAAAUUUCAGGUACACUCAUCAAUCUCGGAUACGACGACCACAAUAUGGUCAAAGAACUAAGUCCGUCCCUAGUGGGUCCGCUAACGACGGGUGGUCAUUCAUCAAUCUACAAAGAGUAUCAAGUUUAUAGACUGGGAAUCAAGUUUGCAUUGGAGACAACAGAUACACCCCACGAAAUACCGGUAAAAUACACGCCGUACAACCUAUCAGAAUUUGGAACGAAUCCCUAUCGACUGCCGUGGUGCAUGAGGGGUCUGGUAACGGAGGCAAGGAAAAAAAUGAAUCCUGAUCAGAUCGCCCUGUUGUACCGUGAGUACGAGGCAUGGCAGCCGCAAACAAAGCAGUUGAAGGACAUUAAAUAUAGACUCAACGGCCUCAAAUACCAAUUGUAG